AUGGCCAGCAACCUCUCCUUCGUCCUCAACAAGCCCGGCGACGUCUCCUUCGAGGAACGUCCCAAGCCCACCCUCUCGAGCCCCCACGAUGUCCUCGUCGCCGUCAACUACACCGGCAUCUGCGGUUCCGACGUGCACUACUGGGUCCACGGCUCCAUCGGCAAGUUCGUCGUCGAAGACCCCAUGGUUCUAGGCCACGAGUCCGCUGGCACAAUCGUCGAAGUCGGCUCCAAAGUCAAGACCCUCAAGGUCGGUGACCGCGUCGCUCUCGAGCCAGGCUAUCCCUGCCGUCGAUGCCAGAACUGUCUCGCUGGAAAGUAUAACCUUUGCCCGGAUAUGGUGUUUGCUGCUACACCACCUUACCAUGGAACUUUGACUGGUUAUUGGACUGCGCCUGCGGAUUUCUGCUACAAGCUUCCUGAUAAUGUUUCGCAGCAGGAGGGUGCUCUUAUUGAGCCUCUCGCUGUCGCUGUUCACAUCGUCAAGCAAGCCCGCGUCAAGCCCGGUGACUCCGUCGUUGUUAUGGGCGCUGGACCCGUUGGUCUUCUCUGCGCCGCCGUCGCAAAGGCCUACGGAGCUUCCAAGAUCGUCAGUGUCGAUAUCGUCCAGAGCAAGCUCGACUUCGCCAAGGACUUCGCCUCCACCCACGUCUACGCAUCUCAGCGCAUUGCACCCGAGGAGAACGCCAAGAACAUCUGCGAGCUCGCUGGUCUCCCCGAAGGCGCCGACGUCGUCAUUGACGCCAGCGGUGCUGAGCCCUCAAUCCAAGCAUCUAUCCACGUCCUCAAGAACGGCGGUAGCUACGUGCAGGGCGGCAUGGGCAAGGCGGACAUUACCUUCCCCAUCAUGGCAUUCUGCAUCAAGGAGGCCACAGCCAGCGGCUCAUUCCGCUACGGUGCUGGUGAUUACACUCUCGCCGUUGAGCUUGUGGCUACCGGCAAGGUCGAUGUCAAGAAGCUCAUCACUGGAGUUGUUGAGUUCAAGCAGGCCGAGGAGGCUUUCAAGAAGGUCAAGGAGGGAGAGGCGAUCAAGGUUUUGAUCAAGGGACCUAACGAGCAGUAA